UUUGUUUAUUUCCUGCACAGACAACUAAUUGCCAGCGGUGUCAUUUCCUAAAACACUACAAUGUUGCUGUAAAUGUUACAGUUUCGGCCAACGAUUAUAUAGGAAUUCUGUCUUCGAUAAAAACAAAGAAAGCUCUUGCUGUGCUGCUUGUAGAUGUUCUGGAUUUUCCAUGUUCCAUAUGGCCUGGGCUUUCUGAGAUUUUGGGAGUGCAACGACCCAUCAUCGUGGUAGGCAAUAAAGUCGAUCUUUUGCCGCAGGACAGUGCUGGCUACCUGGAGAACGUACGACAAUGUUUAACGAGAAGCGUUAUUGAAUCUGGAUUUUCUAGGAAUAACAUUAAACAUGUUUCGCUCAUAUCAGCCAGCACAGGAUACGGAGUAGAGGAGUUAAUUACGAAAAUCCACAAUGUUUGGGGAACUCGAGGAGACGUAUAUUUGGUUGGUUGCACGAAUGUUGGCAAGAGCACACUAUUUAAUGCUUUACUUCGUUCUGACCUAUGCAAGGUUCAAGCGACAGAUUUGAUUCAAAAGGCAACGGCAAGUCCAUGGCCUGGCACUACCAUAAGAAUGCUUAAGUUUCCAAUUUUGCGGCCGUCUGACCAUCGGCUUUUCUUAAGAAUGAAACGAUUACAACAAGAGCGCUACAUAAAACAGGCAAACGAAAAACUGCGACGUGAACAGAAAAAUGCUACAAAAGAUUCAAAGCAGCCUACACUUCUCGGUCACAUUGGUCUUACCUUUGAGAAGGAAAAGGGAGAAUUGUUUGAUCAUUUCUCAGUGACACAAAGAAGUGACGCACCAUUACCGAUAUUUACAUUGAACGAGAAAAAUGAAAAGUACAUCAAUUCCAAAUGGUGCUACGAUACACCCGGUGUUGUUCAGCCCGAUCAAAUACUGGAUCUUCUUACCACGGAGGAGAUUGUUCUUACAGUUCCAAAACAGAUUAUCCGACCUAGGAUCUAUCUGUUGAAAAGGGGUAUGACCUUACUUCUGGGUGGUUUAGGACGAUUAGAUUUUGUUGAAGGUCCAGAUUCAAUUCGCGUGAUUCUUUAUGCUUCUAACAUGCUUCCAACGAUCAUUUGCCAAACAUUGGACGCACCGGCGCUGUACGAGGCGCUCCUCGGCACGGAAUUUCUAGGUGUUCCUUUGGAAGUCAGGAGCGGCUAG